CGCUGCGCCCACGCGCGGGCCCCGCGGGGCGGCGGAGAGCCCCGGGGCGCGGAGCGGAGCGGCCCCUGCCUCGGCGCGGCAACCCCCGGCGGAGCGGAGCGACAAUGGCGCUACACCCGCGCAGGGUGCGCCUGAAGCCGUGGCUGGUGGCCCAGGUGGACAGUGGGAUGUACCCCGGCCUCAUCUGGCUGAACCGAGAAGCCAAGAGGUUCCAGAUCCCCUGGAAGCACGCGACCCGGCACAGCCCGCAGCACGAGGAGGAGAACACCAUCUUCAAGGCAUGGGCUGUGGAAACAGGAAAAUACCAGGAAGGAGUCGACGAGCCAGACCCUGCAAAAUGGAAAGCCCAGCUCCGAUGUGCUCUUAACAAAAGCCGGGAGUUCAACUUGAUGUAUGAUGGCACCAAGGAGGUGCCCAUGAAUCCUGUGAAAAUCUAUGAAGUGUGCGAUAUCCCGCAGUCCCAGGGAUCAAUCAUUAAUCCAGGUUCCACUGGCUCAGCUCCAUGGGAUGAGAAGGAAAAUGAUCUUGAUGAGGAUGAAGAGGAAGAAUUGAAUCCAUCUCAGCAUGUCCCUAUUCAAGAGACAUUUCCAUUUCUUAAUAUCAAUGGAAAGAAUCAAUUCCCUUCUGUAGAUUCUCCGAUGGCUCCAGCCAGCGCAGAGAACUGCAGCCCUGAAGCUGUGUGGCCAAAGAAUGAACCUCUGGAUAUGGAGAUGCCCCCGACUGCUUUGCAGCAUGACUUCUUCAGCAGCCCGGAGCUCUGGAUCAGCUCUCUUCCAAUGACAGACCUAGAAAUCAAGUUCGAAUAUCGAGGAAAGGAGACUGGGCAGACAACAACUGUGAGCAACCCGCAGGGAUGCAGACUGUUCUACGGAGAGCUGGGUCCUAUGCCAGACCAGGAAGAGCUCUUUGGGCCAAUUAAUUUGGAGCAAGUAAGGUUUCCAGGAACAGAGCAAAUCACCAAUGAAAAGCAAAAGAUCUUCACCAGUCGGCUGCUGGAUGUUAUGGACAGGGGACUGAUCCUGGAGGUCAGUGGCCACGCCAUCUACGCUGUGCGGCUCUGCCAGUGCAAGGUGUACUGGUCUGGUCCCUGUGCACCUUCUGCCACUACACCAAAUUUGAUUGAGAGGCAAAAGAAAGUCAAACUCUUCUGUUUGGAAACGUUCCUAAGUGAGCUGAUUGCCCACCAGAAAGGACAAAUUGAGAAACAGCCACCAUUUGAGAUCUAUUUCUGUUUUGGGGAAGAGUGGCCCGAUGGAAAACCUCGGGAGAGAAAGCUGAUCGUGGUUCAGGUCAUCCCUGUUGUGGCCCGGAUGAUAUACGAGAUGUUUUCCGGUGACUUCACACGCUCCUUUGACAGCGGCAGCGUGCGGCUCCAGAUCUCUACUCCUGACAUCAAGGACAACAUUGUGGCUCACCUGAAGCAGCUGUACCGCCUGUUGCAGACCCACCAGGAGGGGUGGCCGAUGCAGGCCCCUACCAUGCACAUGGCACAGCCGCUGCCUGCGCAGUGACAGGCACUUGAUCCUCCUGUGCUGUUCCCUCCCAUGUGUAUAUAAGAAAACUUUGAUAAGUGCCUUGCCUGAACCUGAAAGAAAUCUGUAAAUCUGGUUUUCUGAUUGAAUUUCCACAGUCUCAUGGUACUUUUCUUGGGAGAGUGUUAUAAAUAAAGGGAAUAAGGAAUGCUUCUAGCUCCACUGUUUUUAGCUGCUUGCUUAACCCACCACUAUGUAUAAAUCAGAUUUGUAAUUCUGUAAUAUUUUUUAAACCAAAUACUGACAUCCUGUAUAUAAAGAUUUGAGUGGGAGAGAGGAAAAACUAAUCUGUACUCUAUUAAAAUUGCCUUAACGUUA